AUGAAGUAUCAAAUUCUCAGCAUCCUGAGCGUCCUCUUCGCCGCGACAUCGGCCAAUCCCGCUCGUACCACCAACCAACAAGACAUCUCCUCCAUAAUCAACACCCUCCCCCAAGAUCCCAACGGAAUAAUCCAACUCGGCACGGACGGAGUCCUCCGCUCCCUCGACAGCGAAAACCAAGUAAUGGCGUACUUCCCGCUCGACGGGCAGCAAAUCAGCGACUUCAACACCAACUUCUUCCCCGCGAGCCAGCAGGCGAGUCUCACGCAGACGUACCAGGGCGUGGACGGCCGCAGCGUGACAGACAACAACCAGAUCUACAACCCCAGCCAGGAUACGUUGCCGGUGAUGCAGGCGAGCGCGAGCGCCAGCGCCAGCGCCAUGGCCAUGAGCAUGAGCAUGAGCAUGGGCCAGAAUGCGCAGGCAACGGGGCUGGCCGGGGGCAGGGUGCCGGUUCCGGAUACCUGUGCGAAUGUGGGUUGCACGUCCCAUAAUACUUGCUAUCAGACGGGUUGUAGCUCGUGUUUGAGGUCGGGGAAUAUGGCGGUUGGGUUUUGUCAUUAG